AUGGACAGCAUGCACCAAGGACAGGGCUACCCGCCCCGUAACGGCUGGAAUCCAGAGGGCUCAACUCACGAGUCCUACCCGGAGAAGACGAGACCCGAUUCACAGCCCUCCAACACGUCCAAAAGAUUUAUCUGGAGGGUGUUCCGGCUCGGCGCUACGAUAGCACUCACAAUCGCCGUCCUGGUCCUUACGCUCAUCAUCCUCGUUGCUGGGAGACAUGGCGAUGGAAGCAGUGACCUUUCGCUGAUAACAAUCGACAUGAGCAACUUUGCCCGUUUCAACCCGCCAGUAAUCACCCUCGUCGACAACACCACCGAGGCCACCAAGACUCGAAGGGGCCUCGGAUCCUUCGUGAGCGACGUCGCAGGCAAGGCGAGCGAUGCCGCCGACUCGGUCGAAACCUUUGCGUCGGGCGCCGCGUCGGCCGUCGAGUCAGCGGCCGGGGCCGUCGCCACCGCCGCCGAGGCCGAGGCUGACAAGAUCAUCGACGAGAUCGGCGACAAGCUCGACGACAUCGAGAACGCCGUCAUGGGCCUCAUGGACAAGGUCCUCGGCACCAUCCAGGACGCCCUGAACAAGUGGCUCCAGGAGGCCGCCGGCGCCCUCGACGACAUCGACAUCCCGAGGACAAUGUCACUGCACCUGACGACGUACUGCAGCGGAAACGCCACCAUGAACUCGACGACGAGCGAGUCCGACUCCAACUCCACAACCGCCACCGCUGCUUCCGGCUCCAUGUCGUGCACCCGCCUCUUCUCGAGCGGCGAGACCUCCUUCAACUCGACCGCCAACAACGGCACCAUCUUCGGCUUCCAGCCCGGCGCGGUCCUCGCGCGCGCGCUGGGCGUCUUCUACGUGCCCGAGGGCGCGCAGCUCGCCAUCCGCGAGCCCGUCGACGGCGCCGUCAACACGGUCGACCGGCUGGUGCACGAGGCCGGCGCCGACCUGUCCGCCUGGACCGUCAACCUGCUCUUCAUCCCCAUCGUCGCCAUGUACGCGCUCGCCGCCUUCUUCACCUGCCUGCUGCUGCUGGUGCUGCUCGCCGCCACCGCGGUGAGCUUCAGGUCGCGCAACGACGACCCGCGCGAGGGCCUGCCGUCCAAGGUGUUUGGCCUGUGCGGCGGCAUCGCCGCCUGCGCUGCCUUCUUUCUGCUGCUGGGGAGCGUCAUACUGACAGUGAUUGCUCUCGUCGCCUAUGUCGUCGGUCUUGGAGUUGGCGUCGUCGACAUCACCGUGUCGUCGAGCUCAAAGCUCAAGUGGAUGUCCUGGGCCGCUUUCAUCAUCAUGGCCCUCGUGGCCAUCUCGCUCAAGGUGGAGGAGUUUGUGGCGGAGUGCGUCUUCUGGUGGAACUUCCUGAAGCAGCUUUGUGGGGCGCGGAAGACAAAGCGCAGCACAAAGGAAAAGUUCAGCGAUCCGGCACGCCAAUAUCAUUAA